CGCGGAGGAUUUCCCGUCCCGUCACUUGAACGCACCGCGGCUCCCAUCAGCUGUGCGCGCGAGAUGAUCUUCACGAGCUCAAACCAGGAAGUUAACGCGACGACCGAAUGCCGCAAACUUGAACGAAGAAGCCCACGUUUCCUUUUGAAAGCGCGUGUUCACGUGUGUUUGUUUACUCGCUCACCGUCCGGGUAAACAAGUAAACACGUAAUCUCUUCACUCGAGGGGCGUGGGGGGGGGGGGGGGGUUGUUGACACAGCGCGUGGAACAGCGACGUCAUCGCGUCAACAGGUGCGAUGGAACGUGGACUUAUUUAAGGUUCCGCUUGAGCUCGCGACGUCCGACAGAGAAACAAGUGAAGGACACCUGAGUUUACCUGGACCUCUUCAUGGCAAGCCAAGCCUGGCUGGAGUCUUCUCUGCGGCGCUCUGCCAGUCUGGGCCUGGAGGUGCUGGAGCGGGCCUCCAGGCGGAGCGUGGACUGGACGAGCACCGGAGAGUCCCAGACCCCCACUACGACGGACGAAGACGCACACAUCCCUGUCAAGAGAGCCCACACGGAGCUCGACGAUGUCUUUGCAACCCUCGCAGGGCUCAUGGCACAGACGAGCCAUCAGUGCAAGAGGUUCUACGAGUCCGGCUGUGGCCCCGAGCCCACCGACACCGAGAGGAGCCACGUGUCCAGGUUCCACUCGCUGCCAGCUGUUGCCAUGAAAACACCGGCACAGUCGGCCAGAAAACAUGCAACGGUUUCACACUACAGAAGUCGUGCGUCCGGUGAAGAUUUCUUCAUCGAGGUCUCACCGGGGACGUACGCCGUCACCGCCAGCCUGCCGGAGCUACAGCAGCAGACUCAGCUGGUCAUCGUCAAAGCUGGACAGAGCGUCGACCUCACCUUUGACCUCUGACCUGACCAGUCACCCUGAACCCUCAAUACCAAAACUGAAAAUAAUGCUGUUUGUGUGUGUUUAUUGUUACACAGAUUUCUCUCAUUUUUUUUAAAGAGUUUAUAUAUAUAUUUCUUUGCUAUCAAAGCGUUUUUAUUUGCUGCAUAUUGAGAAGCCAUUAUUUAUCAUAUUUUACAAGAGUACUUUAUUACCAUGUGUCCUAGAACAUCAUGAAAUCUUAACCUGCACUUAAACCGCAUCGGUGUAUAAAAAUAAAGUGUUAUUUUAAAAAAAAUCAGAUU